ACAACCUCAAAACUUUCCAACCAAACAAAAGACAGGGGAAAAAAAUGGCCACAAAUCAAUUUUCUCUCUCGUUUUUGUUAGCAGUGUUCUUUCUCCUAUUGACCAGCACUUCCAGUAGAACCACCCUGUCACCCUCCUCCGCCUCUAGCGGUGGCGCCACCACCAGGUCCACCACUGUACUACACCCGACCGAAUUGGUGGAUGGCGUGUGUAACCAAACCUCCGAUUACUCCUUCUGCGUCAAGUCUCUCUACGCCGAUCCUCGUACGCCAAGCGCCGACAGCUACGGCCUGGCGUUCGUGGUGUUCGGCAUGUCGUACCUCAAUGCCAGCUCGACCCAAGACCUGAUCGCCAACCUCUCCAAGAACGCCAAGCGCAGCGGCGGCGGCGGCAGCGGUCAUAAUCAACCACUACUUCUCACGCGCCUCCAGAGAUGUGGCCAAGACUAUAAGAAAGCGGUGUCGGCACUUGAGAUGGCUUAUAAUGAUUUAAACUCCGAGACCUUCUUUGAGCUUGCUGACAUGGCUCGUGUCGCCGCUAGCUCCGCCGAGGAUUGCCAAGCUGGCUUCGAGAAAAGCAAGUCGCCGUUGACUGCAAGGAACCGUGAGUUAAAAGGUCUUUGUGAAAUUUGUGUUGUUGUCUCAAAAUUGUUCACGGGUGGAACUUGAUUAGAUUGAUUGUUUAUACAUAUGUAAGAGUUAAUAAUAUCUCCAUUUUUUUA